AUGUCCACGUCGAAUCCGUCAACUAUGGCGGCUGCAGCAGUGUCCGAUUCAGUGCCGAUAGAGACCGCCCAUGAGGACAUGAUCCAUGACGCGCAGCUGGACUACUACGGCAAGCGUCUGGCAACCUGCUCCUCAGAUCGAACAGUCAAGGUCUUCGAUGUCAUCGAUGGCGACGCGCAGCGGUCGACGAACGGCCAGACAUUAAAGGGACAUACUGGACCCGUCUGGCAAGUCGCCUGGGCGCACCCGAAGUUUGGGCACAUUCUGGCGUCGUGCUCGUAUGAUGGAAAGGUGUUGAUUUGGAAGGAGCAGCAGGGACAGGGUGCUGCGUCGGGUAGCUGGAUUAAAAUCAAAGAACAUACCCUUCAUACUGCCUCAGUCAACUCGGUUUCUUGGGCACCUCAUGAAUUGGGGGCUAUCCUCGCAUGCGCAUCAUCAGACGGCAAGCUCUCCGUUUUGACCUUCAAGAACGACGGUCAAUGGGACGCCGACAUCUUCAACGGCCAUGCCAUCGGCUGCAACGCCGUCUCCUGGGCCCCCGCCGUAGUCCCAGGCUCCCUCAUCACCCCUCAACAACCCCAAGCCGCCCCCGGCCAAGCACCCCAGCAACCCGCCGCCACCGCCCCCGUCGUCAAGCGCUUCGCCAGCGCCGGCUGCGACAACCUCGUCAAGAUCUGGGGGUACCGCGAGGACACCCAGUCCUGGGUGGAAGAGGAGACCCUCGAAGGACACACCGACUGGGUCCGCGACGUCGCCUGGGCACCCAACACCGGCCUCCCCCGCAGCUACAUCGCCACCGCCUCCCAAGACAAAACCGUUCUCAUCUGGACGAAGGACUCGCCCAGUGCGCCGUGGGUUAAGACUGCCCUUGAUCCCUCGUCUGCGCUUACGUCGCCUACGGCUGGGACGCCCUCGCCGGCUGGCAAGUUCCCCGAUGUGGUUUGGCGUGUGUCGUGGAGUCUUGCGGGGAAUUUGCUUGCGGUUAGUUGUGGAGAUGGGAAGGUUACCCUCUGGAAGGAGAACCUUAAGGGUAACUGGGAGUGUGUUAGCGAUAUGAACAGCUAG